AUGGCGAUGGAUGAAAAUUCAAACAUGUUGAUUGUCCAUUGCAUCAUACACCGAGAAAACUUAGUUGCCAAGAAACUGUCCCCUGCUCUUAACGAGAUUCUACGAGCUGUGAUUAAGUGUGUCAAUAGCAUUAAAGCAAAUCCCAAAACCGAAUGUCUUUUUAAGCAGUUAUGUGUAAAUCAAAGUGCCGAGCAUGUUCGAUUAUUGCUUCAUAUAGAAGUAAGGUGGAUAUCAAGUGGAAAUAGUUUAAAAAGGUUCAUGGAAUUAUUUGAUCAGCUUAAUGACUUUCAUAGUGACAAAUGUGAAAUGAAAAUGCUGUGUACAGUGAUGGAAAAGCAUUUGUCAGUUAUCUGA